AAAGUAUUUGAGCAGCAGAACUGUUUUUGUGGCGAUUUACUGGUUGUGUGGGUGGGGGUGUUGCGUUUCGAAUCACGCAUGCGCAGUAUCAUACCGGCGACGGCUGUUGAAACGGUGGCCUAGCGAAUAAGGGGAUUACUGAGCACGAUUUGACAGGCUACACAAUGAGUCAGGGUAAGGACAAUGCACGACUCAAGAGCUACAAGAACAAAUCUCUCAACACAGAUGAAAUGCGAAGAAGAAGGGAAGAGGAGGGCCUACAGCUCCGCAAGCAAAAGAAGGAUGAACAGCUGUUUAAGAGGAGGAAUGUUGCCACAGUGGAGGAUGAUGGCACACUGGACGACGAUGGAAUGGCUGAUAGUGGCUACCUGGAGUCCCAGGCCAAUAACAUGGACCCACUCAUGGGAGGGGUGAUCUCUGAAGAUAUGAUUCAAAUGAUCUUCUCCAGUUCUCCUGAGCAGCAACUAAUAGGUACUCAGCGCUUUAGGAAACUGCUUUCUAAAGAACCCAACCCACCUAUCGAUGAGGUCAUUGCCACUGCAGGUGUGGUGGAGCGCUUUGUUGAGUUUUUGAAGAGAAGAGAAAAUUGCACCUUGCAGUUCGAAGCUGCAUGGGUGUUGACCAACAUUGCAUCAGGUACAUCUCAUCAGACUCGGGUGGUAAUCCAGGCAGGAGCUGUGCCCAUUUUCAUAGAAAUGCUCAGCUCAGACUUUGAAGAUGUACAGGAACAGGCAGUAUGGGCAUUGGGAAAUAUAGCAGGAGAUAGUACAGAAUGCAGAGACUUUGUCAUAGACUGCAACAUUCUCCCCUCCCUGGUGCAGUUAUUGGCCAAACAGAAUCGUCUAACAAUGAUGAGGAAUGCAGUAUGGGCACUCUCAAAUCUGUGCAGAGGAAAGAACCCACCUCCUGACUUUGCUAAGGUGUCCCCAUGUCUCAGCGUGCUGUCUUGGCUGCUGUUUGUCAAUGACACAGACAUCCUGGCCGAUGCAUGUUGGGCAUUGUCCUACCUAUCUGAUGGCCCUAAUGACAAAAUUCAAGCUGUCAUUGACUCAGGAGUUUGUCGCAGGCUUGUGGAGUUACUGAUGCACUCUGAUUAUAAGGUGGUAUCCCCUGCAUUGCGUGCUGUUGGUAACAUAGUCACUGGAGAUGAUCUACAAACUCAGGUGAUUCUAAACUGUUCAGCGCUGCAGUCUCUACUUCACCUUCUGAGUAGCCCCAAGGAGUCUAUCAAGAAGGAAGCCUGCUGGACAAUCUCCAACAUCACUGCAGGCAACAGAGCACAAAUACAGAUGGUGAUAGAUGCAGGUCUCCUGCCUCCACUCAUCAGUAUCCUGCAGGUAGCAGAGUUUCGUACAAGGAAGGAAGCAGCGUGGGCCAUUACUAAUGCCACCUCGGGGGGCUCUGCAGAGCAGAUUAGGCAUUUGGUGGAUCUAGGUUGCAUAAAACCAUUGUGUGACCUGCUCACGCUCAUGGACUCCAAAAUAGUCCAGGUGGCUCUAAAUGGCAUAGAGAAUAUUCUGCGACUGGGAGAACUGGAAGCCAAGAGGGGAGGGGGCAUCAACCCCUACUGUGCACUUAUUGAAGAAGCUUAUGGUCUGGACAAGCUGGAGUUCCUGCAGGGACAUGAGAACCAGGAAAUCUACCAGAAAGCCUUUGAUUUGAUUGAGCGCUACUUCAACACUGAAGAUGAAGACCCGUCACUGGCUCCAGCCGUCGACCUGCAGCAGCAACAAUUCCUCUUCCAGCAGUGUGAGGCCCCGAUGGAAGGCUUCCAGCUAUAGUGCUUAAUAUAGGCCUCCUGCUCCACGUUCGUUCUCGCCUCCACUCAUUUCUCUCACUCUGCCCACUGCUAUGAUCAGUGGUAAUGACAACCCUCCUUGUUCCCCCUUCAUCGUUGGAGAGAUUGAGUCAGUCAUUGCCAUGAUUACGAUAAACAUUACAGGAGCACAUGUUCGCGUAUGUCCAGCGUGGGUAAAGUUCUGCAGUCUUGUCAGCCAGUUUGUGAAGGUUUCACUCAUCAUUCUGUCCUGCGCUGAGUUUACCUCUGCACCCUAGUAGCUCCUACUAGCAGAAUGUCCCUGUAACACCACCCCCGUCUUACUUUUGGAUUUCUUCCUCAGCUCAUGACAAAUGAAAAGCACCUCUUCAUGUUCCUGUAAGACUGGCGAGUUCUGUCUUCGUGGGAAGUUCAGGACUGCACUGCUUGUCUGACUGAAGCAUUAAUGACUUGCAAGACAGACAAACAUGGACUUUAUUUCAACCCCCUCUGACCCAAACAGAAGAAUGAUCCAACCUAAACACUGGACUGACUGAGACAUUGAUCACGUUUGACUGUGGUCACUGGACUGAACUGCCUGCAGCAGUGCUUUGUGGCCAGACCAAACCCUCAGACUGAACUGAACUCUACCAACGGCACUUAAACGACUCUGAUAAUUUCAGGUGAAUUCCAUCACCUUCUCGCUCCAGUUUGCAUAAAUUACCACAGAUGGACAAAUUAGAAACUUGCCGGUGUUGCUGAGGGGUAGCGCUUGUUGGUAACAAACCAGGUUUCUUGCAUUCCCUCCUGGAUCUCAUAUCAUGCAUUCCUCUAUCCAAUAACGAGGCUUCUCCAGCUACGGACUCCAUCCUGAAGAAUUCAGACUGCCUCUUGCCUCUGGUGUGAUGUGAAUAACCCCAUGGAACCAUGGGAAUUGGUGUCUUCCCUCGCACUGAGAUAAAUGGACAGACUUGGACAAGACAAAACAGACUAUUUAACCCUGGAUCCUGUGCAGCAGCAGACCAGUGGGGAUUUUUAUUAUCUUACCGUAAUGUCAUUUCAUUUGCAGCACUUUAGUUCAGGACUGAUGCAUCUUUGGGAGUAUACCAUAGUUUUUACAUUAACUAUUUAACUGGUUGAUGACAUGGCUCUUUUCUCCUCGGGAAGUGAGGUGUGGCCUGAGCCCCUUCUGGUAUGACGUACAUUACAGUGUACUUCACUAUAUACCCUUCACGCAAAGGGACUCAUGCAGAUUGUGAAACUGUUAGCACACUACUUAAAAUCAGUAGAUCAGACUGCCUCAGCCAACAGUGAGACCUUUAUUGUGACGAAGUAAUCAGAUUAUUUUUGAAAAACUAUUAGCACUAUUAAACGACUUGUUCAGGUAGUAUUUUCCGAUUUGACCAUGCCAAAUCAUCAACACACAGGCCAGCUUUUUGCUGUAACAUUAGAUUUUAUUUAAAUUUAGGCUAAACAUCUGUCAUGUUGUUGAGGGUGCCAUAAUGUUUAUUCCACAGAAAUCCUUCCAGCUAAUUUCAAUAAAGAUAAAGAUUAAAACUUGAAAAUAUUGAUGAUCACCUUAGUUAGCUAAACUGAAUGUCAUUCAUUACUUACUUUUGUCAACAUCUCUCCAAGAGAUGACCAGCUCUACAUGUUCAUACUGUUUGUUGUAUUGAGUUUGUGCAACUGUUCCCUGUUAUCCCAUUUGCAUAAAAUCUGUUUCAUGAA